UCCCGUGAUGCUCUGUGACCGGGCCCUGUCUUGUAUCCGGUGUCCUUGCCUUCGGUCACAGUGAUCCCGGCUUCACCAUGCUAUCCUCCCGCGCUCUCCUCCUUCUCCGCCGGGCAGCAUUAGCCCAAGUCCGCGGCUAUGCUGAGGCAGCACCGUCAGGGGCCCCAGCAAUGAGCUUCACCUUCGCCUCCCCGACCCAGGUGUUUUAUAGUAAUGCAAAUGUGAAACAGGUGGAUGUCCCUACUUUAACAGGAGUAUUUGGAAUCCUUCAAGCUCACGUCCCAACGUUACAGGUACUGAGGCCGGGUCUGGUUACAGUGUUUGAUGGUGAAGGAAACCCAAGCAAGUACUUUGUAAGCAGUGGGUCAGUGACUGUGAAUGAAGAUUCCACUGUACAGCUGUUGGCAGAAGAAGCAGUGCCUCUUGACAUGUUGGACCUGAGUGCUGCAAAGUCAAACCUGGAAAAGGCACAAGCAGAACUUUUGAAGGCAUCAGAUGAAGUGGCAAAGGCAGAGGCUCAAAUCACUGUGGAGGCAAACGAGGCCAUCGUUAAGAGUUUAGAAUAAUAUCAGAUUUUGCUUUUUAUGUCAACUAAGGUAUCCAGCACACACCUACCCAAACAAUAAAAAUAUAAUACAACCAAA